GGGCGAUGUUCAUAUUCUCGAUCGCGUUGGAAAGGCUUCAUUGAUCUCUUUCUUGACACGAUCCAACGGGUGGUGAUGACUGUCACCGCCGAGGCUAUCCAGCGCUAUGCGCUGCUCGGUCUAUGGUGUGGGAUAUACACGGUCUGUGCGCUGAUCGGCUACUCACUGCUGCGGCUCGUCUACAAUGUCUCACCUUUCCACCCGCUGGCCAAAUACCCAGGGCCGCUGCUCUGGAGAGCCUCGCGCCUCCCGGCUUCCUGGCGCCAGGCUCGCGGCGACCUGUACCAGUGCAUCGACGCCAUCCACACGCAGUACGGGGCGAUCGUGCGCAUCGCGCCGGACGAGCUCUCGUUCACGAGCCCAGAAGCCUGGGCCCAGAUCUACAACACGCGGCCCCAGCUGCAGAAGACGCGCUUCCACUUCCCGCCGGCCGACGAGCGCAAGAUGCCCGAGAGCAUGAUCAUGGCCGGCGACGCCGAGCACACGCGCCUGCGCCGCCUCGCCAACCCGGCCUUCACGACCGCGGGGAUCCUGGAGGUCGAGCCCGUCAUGCAGCACUACGUCGACCUGCUCUGCACGCAACUGACGCAGGUGUGCGGCGCCGGCGCCGAGGGGUCCUCGCAGAACAUGGUCGACUGGUUCCUCUGGACGCUCAACGACGUGAUCGGCCAGCUGGCCCUGGACCAGGAGUUCGACUGCCUGAAGAACCGGCGCCUGCACCCCUGGCCGAGCUUCCUCCUGCUGGGGCUCAAGAACGCCACCAUCUUCAACCAGUUCCGCCGCUUCGGCAUCACCCAGGCGAUGCUGAUGCCGCUGCUGACCAAGAAGCAGCUGGCGGAGCGGGACAAUUUCUUCCACGCGGCGACCGCGGCGGUCAAGCAACGACUCGAUCGGGAGGGGGAAGAAGGAAAGGCGGGCGACGACCACACCCAAGGCGGCGGGGAGCGCAAGAAGAAGCCCGACAUCGUCGGCUUGAUGCUGCGCGAGAUGAAGGACGGCAACCGCCUGACCCACGAGGAGGUCACCUCGAACUCGGUGCUCAUUGUCGGCGGCGGCGCCGAGACGACGAGCACGUGCCUGAGCGCGACCUUCUACCACCUCUGCAAGACGCCGCGCGUCAUGAAGAAGCUCCAGGGCGAGAUUCGGCGGACCUUCGCGAGCAGCGCGGACAUCACCAUCAGAGCCACCUCGACCCUGCCCUACCUGAGGGCGACCGUCGACGAGUCGCUGAGGAUCUUCCCCGUCGCCAGCUACAUCACGCCGCGAACCACGCCGAAGGGGGGACACCUGAUCGCCGGGGAGAUGGUCCCAGGAGCAACCUACGUGUCAAUGGGCCAGUGGCACAUGGGCCGAUCGGGCCGCUUCUUCGACAACCCCAAGGAAUUCCGGCCGGAGCGGUGGCUGGAUGAACUGGGAGACAAGGGCCCGUCCGGGUUACAGGCCGACGAGAUCCUGAAGCCGUUCAGCCUCGGGCCUCGAAACUGCAUUGGCAAGCAGGUGGCUCUCACGGAAGCACGGCUCGUCAUUGCAAAGUUGCUGUGGCAUUUUGAUAUGGAGCUGGAUGGGGAUCAUCCUACAUGGGUGGAAGAUGCCAGGUUCUACGUUCUUUGGAUGCUUCAGCCGCUUAAGAUCAGACUGACGCCCGUGAAGCGAUGAUUGUGCACUGGCGCCUGCAAAAAUUGGCAUCAAAAAAGAAAUGCGCAAAGAACCUGUUCUAUACACUCGUUGUUGUUUUCCCUCUAUAGCUUGCCCCGUGAGAGUACAGCGCCACCGUCGGUCGUGAUGACGGCACCGUUGAUGUGUGAGGAUGCUCGGCUGCUCAAAAAGACCACCAACCCUGCAAUAUCCUCAGGACGCCCAAGCCUCUUGUUUGGGACUUCGGCAGCCAACGCGGCCUGCCCACCUUGCAAUUCCAUCAACCCCGAAGCCAUCUUGGUCGGGUAAAAACCCGGAGCCACAGCGUUGGUGAUGAUUCCUCGCGGGCCAAGCUCGACGGCGAGGUUCUUGGCCAAAUGAAUCACCGCGGCCUUCGACGCGGAGUAUGAGAAAGUCGCAUUUUCGCCGAGUGAACCAACGCCGAUACCAGCGACGCUGGCAGUCACAAUGACUCUGCUGGGGUUCUCUGUGCUCGCCCGCUUCUGGAGGAGCGGGGCGAAUUUCUGGACGGUGUAGAAGACGCUCUUGACAUUAAGAUCCAUGACCUUGCUGAAAGCGUUUUCCGGGUGUGUUUCAAAGGGUGCCCCCCAACUUGCGCCGGCGUUUGCGAACAGGAUGUCGACGUGGUCGGUCGUCUUUGCGACCUCGGC